CCAAUUAUUAUUUACAUGGUCAAAAGCAAGACCAUCGAAGUAUCAUUCUGUUUCUGACUGAGUCUGUAGUACUAGUAGUAACACACCGCGUGCCGGGCGGCUUCUGAUAUCGAAUCUCUUUCAUUAUUUUCUGCGUAGACUAUUGGCCUGAUUUAUUCUGCGAAAUAAGUGACUGUAGACAGUGUACAGUGUACAGUAGUGCCAACAAGUUUCUUUUUGAUCUGAAACUAAAGAGUGAAGUCAUAAUGGAGAAACCAGACAUUGUCGUCGUUGGCUCGUGCAUGAAGGAUCUUGUUUGUUACGUAUCAAGCUUCCCUGCUCCUGGAGAGACUGUGUCAUGUCACAAGUUUGAAACAGGCUUUGGUGGCAAAGGGGCAAACCAGUGUGUCAUGGCAGCUAAACUCGGAGCUACAGCGGUCAUGGUUGCCAAGGUCGGUGAUGAUGAUAUUGGAACCGCCACUCUGGAGAACCUUUCUGCACACAACAUCUGUACUGAUCACGUCCAGCGUGUGACUGGGAUUGCCUCAGGCGUUGCAUCUAUUGCUGUCAACCAAUCCGGUGAGAACACAAUCAUUAUAGCACCUGGUGCUAAUGAAUGUAUGGACACUGCAGUUCUGGAUAGUGCCCGUGAUGUCAUUCAGAAUGCCAAGGUUGUGGUUUGUCAGCUAGAGAUACCGCCACCAACCGUCAAGGCAGCUCUCUUGCUUGCCAAGCAAAAUGGAGUGCGUACAAUAUUCAAUCCCGCUCCAGCAGUCAACGGACUGGAUGAGACCAUCUAUUCUGUGUCGGAUAUAGUCUGCUUGAACGAGACAGAGGCAUCCAUGUUGACCGAGGUUCAAGUGACGGGCGUUGAGUCGGCACAGAAAGCUGCCAUUUCGCUGCUGUCUCGUGAUGGUCCAGGGGCAGUUGUGGUAACGCUCGGUGCACAGGGAGUGGUCUAUACGGAGCGCGGCAAGCCAGGAACACAUCAUGUGGCAGCUGAGACAGUCAAGGCCGUUGAUACUACAGGAGCGGGUGAUGCAUUCGUGGGUGCACUUGCCUUUUUCCUGGCUAAGUAUCCAUCGUUAUCACUGGAGUCGAUGAUCAGAAGGUCUGCAGCAAUAGCAGCAGUUUCCGUUCAAGCACCUGGCACCCAAACAAGCUUCCCCAGUCGAGCAAAGCUACAGGAGUCCUUGUUUUCUGAGCAAUAGCAUAUCAUUUAUUCAUUAGUUUGCGGGAGCUUUAAAUACUUUUAUACUACAAAACACAAUAAAUCUAAUUUUAUUGUCAA